AUGAGGAGAGACUCAGUGUUUGAGUAUCUCAGUGUUGUUAGGAUCAGUUCUUUUAUUAGAUGUCUGAGGAUGUGCCAGAUGGGAGCGCCAAGACCUCCUUUGACUGAUGAAAGUGUCUCUGGAAAGAAUUUAAAGCUGGAAGAGGGCCCGAGUGGUGCGGAGGACUUCACUACAGAAGAGGUGGCAGAAGAAAUGGGCCUUGGGAGUGAAGCAGAGCAGGCUGGCGUAGAGGCUCCUGGCAGGGCAGAGGGUCCGCUGAAGGACAUCGGUGGGCAAUAUGCAGAAAGAAAGAAGCCUUUGCUAAAGCUGGGCGAGCGUGUGGUGCUGGGAAGAGGACGGAAAGGAGUGGUGCGCUUCAUAGGACAGCUGGAGAGCAUAAACAGCAAGGAGAUUUAUGUCGGCGUGGAACUAGACAUCCCCUGUGGUGAAAAUGAUGGAAAGACAAAGGGGAAAAGAUAUUUCACGUGCCGGCCUUACCAUGGCACCUUCGCUCAAAUGUCAGCCGUCAAGUCUUGUAAACCGCUAGCAGCUGCUGGCUGCACUCCCAACGGUCCUGACACAAGUGACUCGGAUGAAGGCGGCAGCAGCAGCACCGACACCAGAAACGUCAGGAGGAUACUCCGGAGGACCAGAAACCAGAUGAACAUCAACUCACCGGUUCGGUGUAAGCAGCCUCCAGGUGCCAAUGAGCAGACAUCUGAUCAAGGAUCUCGAAUCCCCGCUUUAGUCGACUUCAAGGGACUUCCGAAAAUGAGCCCCAUUGUUUGAAGGUGGCAGCAGGGCCUUGACGACACGUUUACUUGCUAGAGGAGUUUGGCACACUUAGAACAGAAAUCCUAGAGUGAAUUUUUCUGAGCACAGUGGAGUACAUGACCCCCCCAAACCCCCAAUUAUUUAUUAUUUUGCAUUUGGCCGACGCCUUUAACUAAGAUGGCUUACAUGAUC